UCAGGAAGGGGAAGAGGGGCAGGACGUGAGCGGCCGGCCGCGCUGAGGGCGGAAGACAUCAUGUGGCCUAUUUUGUGGAGUGCCAUUCGUAUGUAUGCUCCUUAUAUAACCUUUCCGGUGGCUUUUGUUGUCGGGACAGUGGGCUACAAUAUAGAGUGGUUUAUUCGUGGGAACCAACAACAGCCGGUUGAGGAGAAGAGCAUUUUUGAAUUGCGUGAAGAGAGGAGGCUGGCUGAGAUUAUGAAUAAAGACUGCACCCAAGUUCUAAGCUUGAAAGAUAAACUUGAGUUCGCCCCGAAGGCAGUGCUGAACCGGAAUCGGACAGACACAAGCAAUCGUAGCUAGCCUGCAACAACUGAAGCAAUGGAGCAAUGGUCUGUCUCUGAAGUAGAGCUUCUGGAGAUUAGUGGGGCAAUGUUAUUGAAUGUAUACACCUGACUUGCCACCGUUCAUGUAAGGUGUCCUCCUCGAGCUUGUUGCCUGGAUUUUUAGUGGUGAAAAUCCUCCAUUCUCUAAAAACUAAGAAGCUCCUAUGGUUGUGUAUUUAAGUGAAUUUCUUAGAAUUGCAAUUCUUGCGCAAAAUGUAUCAUUGUAAGUCAGUGAAAAAGUCUGAAUUCAUGGCUGCUUGUGAAUCUAAUUAAAAUGCAUUAUUGCUGAAUGAGGUUAAAGUUUUGCUGCAUGAUACCUUGACUAAAUUGAGUAAACCACAAGAUAAGUCCUACCAAUAGAGGAAAAAAGCCUUUUUUAAAAAAAAAAUUACAUUUCUUCUUGAGAUCUUUCAUUUACAAAAUACUAUCUGAACAAACUAUUUAUCCAUCAAAAUUAAAGGAAAUAAUUGCAGUUUUCUCAUGCCCCUCAGCUUUGAGUGGGAUGAUGAAGCCAGUGAAAUAUUUUUGACAUAUAAUAUUUCCUGUAAUGUAGGAAACACAGAUGUUGAUUUAUAUACAGAAAUGUCCCUCAGUCCAUUAGUCAAAUACACUACUUGUAUGCUAACUCAGCAGUCCGUAACCCCCAUCCCAACCCUUCUUUCCUCACACAUUCAGAGUUUUUAAAUAUCUUUUAUAUAUCUAUGAGAUCCCUUCAAAAGAUAAUUCAUUGUUAGGUGUUGUAAUUCUUUUACAUUUCAUAAAUAUGAUCUCCAGCAGUAGACUUUGUUUGUUUCUUUUGGAGAGUACAAGGCAUGGCUGUCGUAAAAAUGAGGGUAGGAAACACAUGGAAGAUUUUUACAAAAUGCACCUAAGCAACUUUGAUUUUCCAAAGCAAAUUGGUAACCUUUAAGGAAGGAAAAGAAAAAAAAAGUAUGUCGGGAGUGCUCUGGAGGACAGCAAGCAAUCAUGAGGAAAGAAGCAGCAUUUCAAGUCAGUGACCAUGUCUCAGAUAUUGUCAUGUCUGCCAUUAAUAUUAGGAAUUUGAAUGUAUAGUUCUAAGUGUUUCCUUAGCAUGUUGAUAACCAAGGUAUAUUGUGUUUUAUCGAUAUACAGCAUGGAAUAGACCCUUCUGGCCCUUCGCUGGUACUGUAAAGCAUUGUGCUGAUUACCACACUACCGUGCAUUGAAGGCAUUACAGUUGUAUACAGAAAAAUAAAUAAACUGGAUGCAAGCUAUCAGAA